GCUCGUUGAGGUCAUAUCCGGUUUGUCUUCCGCUGUCAGACCGCCGCUGAAGUUCUCACGGAAACUUGUUACGACCCAAAGUUAAAGCGAACGGAACUGGGACCUUCAAGUCUCAGGGACAGCGGUGUAACUGCUGCCACAGAGAAUUAAACAUGUUUUCCUUGUCAAUGACGGUGCAGCCGCAGGUGACGGUGCCUCUCAGCCACCUCAUCAACGUCCUACACUCCCUGAAGAGCUCAGUGGGGAGCAGCAGCCGUGUCACCUGCAAAUCCAGGAGUCCCCAGCAGCCUGCCUCUGACCCACAACUGCACUGCACCGAGUCCACGUGGAACCUGCAGGAGCUCGGAUUAUCAGACCUGGGAACACAGCAGCUGGAUGAGCUUGUGAACCGCGUGUUGCCGCGCUUUAACACACAUGACGCCCCGUUCCUACUGGGCGGCCAGACCGCCUGGAGGACGACCCAUCUUUCUUCACACUCCUUUUUCUACAACAAGCACGGGUUCGCAUGUAGUCCCAUGCAUGUGUCGGCCCAAGUGUUAUCCAGGCCGCAUCAUUCACCUCUUCACUCUGUCUGCGCAGAGCUACACCAGUGGCCAGUGUUGGUCCAAAGCAGGGGCUUUAAAACUUUGAGGACCAAAACAAGACGACGGCAGUCAAAGCUGGGUCACCCCCUGGAAUCCGAGGGGUAUACACCAUCUUUUAUGAAGGGUUUCCUCUCACGGGACAAGGUGAGCGAAGUGGAGAGUUUAGACAGUCUGGUGAUCAACAAGAACAUUCCCGAUGGACAACAGGAUUCUUUCAAGAGAGGCUUCGCCGAGGGUUUCCUGAAAGCUCAAGCCUUGACACAGCGCACACAAGACUCUCUGAGGAGGAUUCGCCUCAUCCUGCUGGUGCUGCUCCUUAUUGGGAUCUAUGGAAUCUCCAAAACCCCCUUCCUAUCGGUGCGGUUCCGAACUACUACAGGACUGGACUCAGCGGUGGACCCGGUCCAGAUGAAGAACGUGACGUUUGAGCACGUCAAAGGAAUAGAGGAGGCCAAGAACGAGCUGCAGGAGGUGGUGGAGUUCCUGAAAAACCCACAGAAGUUCACAGCGUUGGGAGGAAAGCUGCCGAAAGGUGUGCUACUUGUCGGCCCUCCUGGGACUGGUAAGACCCUCCUGGCCCGGGCGGUGGCCGGAGAAGCGGAUGUGCCAUUCUACUACGCCUCUGGGUCGGAGUUUGAUGAGAUGUUUGUUGGAGUGGGAGCGAGUCGCAUCAGGAACCUCUUCAGGGAGGGUAAAGCCAAUGCUCCCUGCGUGAUCUUCAUCGACGAACUGGACAGUGUGGGCGGGAAAAGGAUUGAGUCUCCCAUGCACCCUUACUCCAGACAGACCAUCAACCAGCUACUUGCUGAGAUGGAUGGGUUUAAACCAAAUGAAGGGGUGAUCAUCAUUGGAGCCACAAACUUCCCUGAGGCUUUGGACAACGCCCUGAUCCGCCCAGGACGUUUCGACAUGCAGGUGACCGUCCCCAAACCGGACGUGAAGGGACGCACAGAGAUCCUCAACUGGUACCUGAAAAAGAUUAAAAUGGAUCCAGCCAUUGAGGCCAGUAUUAUUGCCCGGGGCACGGUGGGCUUCUCGGGCGCUGACCUGGAAAAUCUGGUCAACCAGGCGGCCCUGAAGGCAGCAGUCGACGGCAAAGACAUGGUCACUCUGAAGGAGCUGGAGUUCGCCAAGGACAAAAUCCUCAUGGGCCCUGAGAGGAGGAGUGCAGAAAUAGACCAGAAGAAUAAAAUCCUCACAGCCUACCACGAGUCGGGCCACGCAAUUGUUGCAUACUACACCAAAGACGCCAUGCCGAUCAACAAGGCGACCAUCAUGCCCAGGGGCCGGAGUCUGGGACAUGUGUCCAUGCUUCCGGAGAACGAUCGCUGGAGUGAGACUCGCUCUCAGUUGCUCGCCCAGAUUGACGUCAGUAUGGGUGGACGUGUGGCGGAGGAGAUGGUAUUCGGUCAGGGGGACAUCACAACCGGAGCAUCAAGUGAUUUUGACAGUGCUACCAAGAUCGCCAAGAUGAUGGUGACCAGAUUUGGAAUGUGUGAAAAGCUGGGUGUGAUGACCUACACUGACCUUACAAAGCAGAGCCCAGAGACACAAGCGGCUGUGGAGCAUGAAGUCAGGGUGUUACUGAAGGAGUCUUACGAGCGAGCCAAAGCCCUGCUGAAGUCUCACGCCAAGGAGCACAAGAACCUGGCCGACGCUCUGCUCAUGUACGAGACACUGGAUGCCAAAGAGAUCCAGCUGGUCCUGGAGGGCAAGACCCUGGAGACGAGAUGAAACCAGCAAGGACGGAAACGAUCGCGGUGGGAAACAACAGGGGGGUCAUUAUUUUGAGUGCUCAUGCGUUUAGGAAGCUGGGAAUCAGAGGAGUGAGAAGUCCUGGCCUCUGUUCACACACGUCUCUUGACAUGUUGGACGGUGUCUUCCCAUCAUGGAAUCUCACAAAUAUUUCAAGACCAAUAGCUUUUGUUAUUUGAAACUUCAACAUGGCUUUCUUGUUUUCAGCAGGUGUUUGUAGCCGUAUGUGGGAAGGUCAAAUGUCUAAUGUUAACUCAGGUCACUUUAUCAGCUGGUGUUAUGAAAUAAUACAUGAAUGUAAAUAUGCACCUUAAUUGUUUUUUUUUUUAAUUUGGUCAGAUUCUAUUUAGUGAGCAUAUACAGGUUCCCAAUCUGUCAAUAUGAAAUGCUGAGCAGCAUAAACCAUUGACCCAAGGAGCCACUGUCUAAUCUUGGCAGCCAUAAUUUAAAUUAAUCUCAGCUCGUUUUUUUUUAUUUAAGAUGUUUUCCUGUGUUUGUGUGCACCUGUGUUAUUUGUACGUAUAUGUUCAAGGUCAGGCUGUACUCUUCUCUUCUUCAGCUUGUCAAAUUCUUAAGUUGGCACCUUGAAUUUUCCAAUGACUUCUUUGUGUCUGGGAUGUUUGACGAUCUCCCGUCCUGCUGUUUCCCCCACUGCUCCCUGUUGCUUCAAGGUUGCCUUUUGGGGCUGGGGGGAUGUACUGUUAGUGUUUUCUUUUUGUUUUCCCUUUUGAAGUAGGACGUGUAAAAAGUAAAACUACAACGUCACAGCACUUUAUAUUAGUGAACAAAUUCAAAAUACACCUGUGCAAUCUUCAUGUAAUUUAUUUAAUCCAUGUUGUGUGUGUACAGGUUGAACAGAAACCGCUGCUCAGCCUCCGAAAGCACGCAGGAAACACAAGCUGCGUUCAGGUAGUGAUAGGGUCAUGGAAUCUUUAGGAUUUAAAGUUGUGGGAUUAGCCUGAUUUAUUGAAAUACUCACUUUGCGAAAAUAUCAGUUCUUCUUAUACCUGCAAACGGAUGGAUUUUGCCAGUUCUUUCAGCUACAGUAUUGUCCCAUGCCAUCUUUAAAAAAAGAUGUGAGACAAACAUGAAGUUUAAUUGUAAAUAGACCUUGUUUCUAAAGAUGAAAUUUCUUCAACUGAGUUUGUUGGUAGAAAGUCGAAGCUGUGUGUCUGUGAAAAUGUCUUUCCUUUAAAUUGAGUAGUUAAAGCGGCAACCUUGUAUGUAAUCCUCAAUUUAUAACUAGACUAGACAGUUUAGCUGUUGUCAGGAUUACCACCAGCAGAUACUUUAUCAAUAGUGUGUUCAUCUUCUGUUAUGUUGCUUCACUUUGACAUAUAAUAUAUCUGUUUAUUGGUCUUAUAUACAUAUACAUCUUUGGGAUGUGAUGGGAAUAUUGUAUAUAGAUGUAUAGUAACGCUUUUAAUGCUGUGCACACACCGAAUCGCUCUCUGCUGUUGAGGGACGAAGGUCUCCACGAACACCGUGAUGGCAACGCUUCAUGAAUGUUUGUGCGGCUGAAAUAAAUAAAGAGAAACCAAAAGAAAAAACUUGAAA